AUGGCAGAUCUCGAAAACGGAAAGAAGGUGUUUAUAAAAGUGUGCAAUCAGUGCCACACAAUAGACGCGGGUGGAAAGAAUAGGGUUGGACCGAAUUUGCACGGAAUCUUCGGUAGAAAGACGGGAAUGACGCCUGGUUUCUCGUACACCGAUGCCAACAAGAACAAGGGAAUCACCUGGACGAAGGAGACGAUGAACGAGUACCUUGAGAAUCCGAAGAAGUACAUUCCCGGUACGAAGAUGCUUUUCGCAGGAUUGAAGAAAGCCAAGGACAGGGAAGACUUGAUUGCUUACUUGAUGGAGGCCACUAAAUAA